GGUUGAUGUGCGCACUACACUACAGUAGGCUAGUCCAGAGAGACAAGAGAGCAGACACCGUCAGCGAUCCAGUGCCACGGAAAGCAAAAACCUUGACGCGUUUAUAAAACCGUCAAGUUAAUAACUGAUCUGUUGAAUUUAGGAGAUGGUGAUCUCAUAUUCUUGGCAGAUCGUCUAACCGCCCUAGAGAAGCCAUGAGUGGGGUCCUGAAGAGGAAGUAUUCCGAGGUAGAAGAGGAGGACCCUUGCUACUCCUCCCCUUCUUCCUCCGCCUCCUCCUCCUCCCCCUCCUCGGAAUGGGAGUCGGAUGAGGAGAGCUGCAACAGUGACAACCAAGACUUCACCCCUGCCUCACCUACCUCCCAUCUACCCAUCCGCUCCAUCCUGAAGAGCCCAAAACUUUCCCAUGACAACAGCGGCCAUAGCAACAGCGUUGUCUUCAACCAGGUGACGGUGUUCCUGUUCCGGCGUUGCCAGGGUUUCACCAGCGUUCCGAGGCGCGGCGGUGCCACCCUGGGCAUGGUGAGGAAGCACAGCGCCCUCCGGAGGUACACACUGGCAGAGCACACCCAGGAGAGACGAAGGAGGCGCAGGGAGAGACUCAGAGAUAGACUGAGGGAGGAGAGGCUGGAGACACUCAGACAGAGACUGACAGCCAGUGGCAUUAUGGACCAGGAGGAGUUGGAUCACCUCACCAUCGACCAGGUGCCAGACGAAGACAUCGAGACCCACCUUCCUGCGGCUGACCUUGAGGAUGGGGAAGAGGAUGGGGGUGACAGUGGGUUCCUGUACCCCUACGCUUCCCGCCAGAGACAGGCUCUACUCCGGACGGCGGGGGUGAGGCACAUCGACCGGGAGGAGAAGAGAGAGCUCCAUGCUCUGAGGAAAUCCCGAGAGGACUGUGGAUGUGACUGCCAGGGAUUCUGUGAACCUGAGACCUGCGCCUGUAGUCUGAACGGGAUCAAGUGCCAGAUGGAUCGCUCCAACUUCCCUUGCGGCUGCACCAAGGAUGGCUGUGGGAAUACUAACGGUCGCGUGGAGUUCAACUCCAGACGGGUCCAGACCCACUACAUACACACUGUCAUGAGGCUGGAGCUGGAGAGGAGACUGCAAAAUGAGAUAUUAACCCAGAGGAGAGACCCAGAGGAGAACAAAGAAGAGCUCCAGGAGCUCCAGGACCAAGGGCAGCAUCAGCAGGACAGUGCCCAGGAGGGGAGAUGCCCCUUCGGGUUCACCCUGGAAGAAGAGGGCCUCUCUCUCUCCAUCCCCACCACCCCUACCUUCCACUUCAGCUCUGAACUGUGUGAGGUUGGUGAGAAUAGUUGCUGUAGUGACAUGACCGACUCGUCCGGCGUCUCUGCCCAGAGCGAGGACUCCGACGUGGGAGGAAGUCCUCGAGAGCACCAGCCUCUCUUGGAUGUGGACGAUGGAGGUCUGGCUUGUGUCCUCAGCUUCUGUGACUCUGACAAUGAAGACUGCUCCAUGGGCAGUGAAAGUGACACAAAGCCAGGGAGACAACCGUCGCCACACCUUCCCCAGUGUGUCAGCAGCUUCGACACGUCAUACGGUCUCUGUAAAGACACCACAGCCACCCUCGGCCUGUCCAACGCACCCAGUUCACACACAGACAAUACACAAAGGUACACAGAGAAGACACACAGACACACAGACAACAGCUGCAGCGGCGGUUCUUUCAUGGCCGAGUAUCAAGACGACAAUGCCAACCAAGCGACGGCCCUGUUCGCCCACAGCCCCCUCCAGGACUACCCCAACACACCCUCUCCCUCCAUAGACUACUCAUCCAGCAGCUACAUGGACCUCAGUCUCUCCUCUGACUCGGAUUUGGAGCUCUUUGACAACUUCCCUACAGACUAUAGCUCAGCCCCUCUACACAACUCAUUCAAAGGCCACAAGCACCCUGACAACUUCCUUCAUCUGCAGGUAUUGAGUUCUGCAAAUGUCCCACAGUUCAACGAGACAGCUGGCACCUGCCUCCUGGAGUCUCUGAUUGGCUUAUCUGAACCAAUAGAAACUCCUUCAUUCACAGACAAUCAGUUAUUGGAGCAGGUAAUUCAGUGACCAAUGGGCUGAACUGUCAGGGUUCUGUGGGACCUGAUUGGCUCAUGGACAUGGAAGUGAGCCUAGAAGAAUUUUAAUAUGUACAGUCUACAGUUUGUAUUUUAAUAAGAUAUUUGAAUGUACAGUAUGAGAUAUUUUAUUCAGAUUUAUUAAAUAUGAUGUUGUUGAAGAAGAGGCACAUUAUGGUUAUUCAUGAUUUAGACAAUAUUAUACAUGAGCAAAUAUCACAAAAGCCUAAAUGUCAUCACUACAAGAUAUAACAUGUUUCCUGAUGUUCACGUUUUUUUUGAUGUGCUUUCCAGCAGUUAUUUAUAAAUUAUUAUUCAUUAAAAAAAAAAUAACAAUGGCUUAAUUAAUUAAUUUACUUGAAGUACAUUUUUUUUUAGCUGAGGGAUUGUAUUGCUGGAAUCACCAUGAGAGAAGCGUGAGACGGACAGACGGACGGACAGACAGACGGACGGACGGACGGACGAAAAAAACGGAAAAAACAAAUAGUGCCAGAGAUGAGGGGCUGGUAAAAAAAACUGAAGCUGAAAGAAGAAAUCAUUUUACAUUGAAAUUGUAAAGGGAGCCCCCCCAUUCAAAAAAACCCAGUUGUUUCACAAAUUGUACAGCAAACACCAUUUCCCAAAAGUCCUCAACAUGAUGGUCCUUGUUUCAUUGAUGGGUUUACUCAAUCAGCUUCGGACGGCCGGACAGACGUGAGACAGACAGACGUGAGACAGACAGACAGACAGACAGACAGACAGACAGACAGACAGACAGACAGACAGACGUGAGACAGACGUGAGACAGACAGACAGACAGACAGACAGACGUGAGACAUUCAUGCAUUUUAUGAAUUGUAUUCAUGUGAAGUUUUGUUUCAAUCAAGACGGUGGCACAAUAUUCAGAAUUACAACAUCUAGCCGUUUAUUAUUAAUUGUAGUACUACUACUGUGUAUUGGCCUACAUGAAAUGAUUUAGCUAAAUGUAUCGCUAUUUAUUUGUGUCAAAACGCCAUAGUUUCAUGUAUUGGAGAUCCGUCUCUCUCCUCCAACAUAAGUAACUUAUUUUUUUUCUUCGUUUGGCUUAUUUGACAAACUGAAAAGUUAUUGCUUUGCAAAAAUAUCAAUGGAAUCUGAUAUGUGCUCCGUGUAUUUAUAAGAAAGUUUUGCAUUGUCUGUCUUUUUAAGUUAUUUUUAAUGGAAAUAUAUUAGCAUUUACAAUGUGUUACUGAAUCUUGUAUUUUAAAGCAAAGUCAAAUCUUUUAUCAAUGAAUAAACAUAAAUCUUUUGGAACAAUGUUGAA